CUGGCAAUUACAAUAUUUCGCAACGAGGCUGAAUCAAUAAAGUGUCACUUCGACACAGAAUUUCUGUUCUGUGUUUUCCAAUACUUUUUUAUCGUGAAGAUGGCUUCAAGCAAUGAUGACCUGCAUCAGUAAGAAGGGAAAAUGACAAGAGAUGGAGGGGGUGUUUUCAAUAGGCAUAGAAUCAACAUCUGAUGAAAUACUGUUGAAUAUUUUUCGGUUGCUGCCGAUUGAAGAUAUUUUGAAAGUUAUCUGCGUCAGCAAGCGUUUCAAACGUGUGGCAGAGGAUCCUUGUCUCCACAGGAGAGUAAAUUUUGGCAAAAGUGGUGAAAACCUGUUUAUAUCAAAAACAAUAUUGCAAUCAUACAUCAAUAAACAUGCUGGACAUUUGCAGGCUUUGACCUUGAUUGACUGUUACUGGGUCCCCCCUCACCAGAUGGCAAGAGUUUUGCAUCCAUUGAAAAACCUUGAAGAACUAAAUAUCAUUGGAUGUGAAGUAAGCUUGUCAGCUUUGUGUUCAAUUUUUCAAAGGAAUCCUCAGUUAAGAAAGCUUGGAUGGUCUGUUCCUCAAAAAGGACUCUACAAAGAACUAUGCGGACCAGAUGGACAACCUAAUGAUGUUCACAGACAGCUGUGUGAUUCGUUUGGAAGGCUAUCAAGUCUUAAACUAAGAUUUCACAAGUUUAUUCAUUUUGAAACGAUUGUUGGCUUGUUUCCAAAUACCAUGACUUUAUCUGAGCUUCUCCUCGAGUACAAAGGGCCUAAAGUUACAUCUCUUAUCCAUGAUGGCUCUGAUUACAGUAUCUUAAUAAAGUCAAACUGUCCAUUUCCUGUAUAUUAUUCAAAUCCUUUACAUUUCAAUGACAUUUCAUUGCAUUUUAAUUUGAAUGUGAUAGAUUUUUCAACAAAGGUUGCUCUCAAUGCUGCAAAAACAGACCAAUUAACUUGUUUAUUGGCACCAGGAAGCUUAAACAUUCUUUGCUGGAAUCAUAUUGUCCCAUUGUAUAAGACUCCAGGAAUAUUGAUGGUAGACUUCAGCUCAACUUGCUUAACUGCAGAAAAGAUAAAUUGGCUUGGCAAUCUCAAUAGAUUGACACAUUUGAAUCUUCAACAUGUUCAACACUUUAAAGCCAACCUUAUGAAGGCAAUCGCUUUGAACUGUCCUGAUCUGCAGUCAUUGAAUCUGAACAAUUGUGUGGAUUGGGUGGAUGAGGAUCUAUGUGCAUUGAAGAUAGUCUGUAUGUCGUGCUCCAAGCUACAGCAUUUAAAUGUUGGUAGAAUAUGUUGUCAUUCUGAUGGAACCAAAGAGGGGAAUUUCAUUUGCAAAGUUAUUGCUGGAAUGAAACAUCUACGGUCUUUGUCGAUUGCACCAUGCUGUCUUGUCAGAGUAGCUGAUGAAAAACUUCACAGCACAUCUGAUGGACUUCUUAAAAAGAAUAUCCCCAGGAGAAGUAGCAUGGCAGAUGGGCUAGAUAAGCCUUCAGGUGCAAUAAACAGAGCUGCAUCAACUUCAAGCACAAUGACAACCGAAUCUGGAUACGUAACGCGUCGUGUGACACACCAAAAGGAGAUAAAUGAAAGGGUUAUGCAGAGUGGUAGUGGUUUAGAUGAUUUAGUAAAAGGCCUGAAGAAAAUCGAAGAAGUAGAGUUUAUUGGCGUUGGCUAUUCAUCUGUCUUUAGCAUUCCAGAUGAGUCAACUGGACUAUCAUAUGUUUGCCCACUGACAAGAAAUAUUCUGGAUGCGACCCUGCUUCCUCUGAAAAACUGGGCACAUUUGAGACGACUUACCCUAGCUGGUCUCCGUGGGCUUGGCUCAUUUCGCUCCUUGAUAGAAAUGACAAAGCACUGUAACCUAUUGGAGUACCUUUCACUAGCUGACAUUGGUCUGCCUGGAAAUUCCUUUGCUCUUUCUUCUUUGCCUCAAGCUCUCACGAAUUGCAAAAGUCUCAAAAAGCUGAGGGUAGAUCAACCACAUUAUAACCUUACUGAAAAGGUGAUGGCCGCACUACAGAACUGCAGGAACAUUGAAAGCAUUCUCAUUUCAUGCAAGAGUGGUAAAAUUCCCAAGGACGUUGAGCCAUACAUCCGUCUUUUUGAUUCGUGCAAAAAACUGUGCGUCUUUCAGUUAUUUUCGGGUGCAUCCAUGAUUCACUGUAGAAGGUUGACGAAAGAGCUUCUUAAAAGAUAUCAGAAGCUACGUCCUCCAUUGUCGAUUGCAAUACUUCAUUUUAGUCAAUCACUGACUGGACAUGGCCUCCAAGGCAUUCCGUUUGCACAUUUAAAAACACUGACGUGUUUUGAAUCGAAAAUUGCCCAAUGAAUAAAGAUAUUUAACUUUUUGUAUUUGAUUAAUUUGUAUAUUUUGUUUAUUGCGAACGCACCUAGAAAGUCACAUUUAACUGGA